AUGGUCUUUUUACAAGCUGAAGCAGGUCCUUCAUCUCUUACAAAAUCCAAAGUAGUCUUACCCGACUCUUCCGAUUCUUCCGACGAUGCUUCCCCCGUACCAACUCCAAUCAUGUCAAAGAAACGCAAGCGUAAAAUGAUCAACGGUUCGUUGAAACAUGAUGAAGAGAUCAAACGUAAGAGGAGAGAUCUAGCUAUCAAUCUACUAGAGACUAGAAAACGCUUACCUUUUUAUAGAGGUGAGGAAGCGAUUUUGAAAGAGAUCAUAGAUCAUGAUACUACCAUAAUAUUAGGUGAAACAGGUUGUGGAAAAUCUACCCAAUUACCUCAACUUUUACGGACACAUCAAAUUUCUCUUGAUCAUUAUCAUCCUAUCGAAAACGGAGAAUUUGUCUCUAGGUUCAAACGUGGACCUAGGAUCGCCAUUACCCAACCGAGGAGAUUACCAACUAUAGCUCUGGCCAAUCGGGUGGCAGCUGAGAUGGGGUCGGUGGUUGGGGGAGAAGUGGGUUAUAGUGUGAGGUUUGAAGAGGCUGUUACGGGAAGUACUAGGGUUAGAUAUAUGACAGAAGGGGUUUUGAUGCGGUGUCCUCAGGAUCAAAGCCCUAAACCUGCCAACGACUCGAUCAAGGUCAAUGGAGAAAGCAAUGGCCAUGAUGAGAAGACUACGGAGGAAGAUGAGGAAGGACCAAACUUACUUUUGAAAUACGACAUCAUUAUCAUUGACGAAGCACAUGAACGAACUCUCAACACCGACUUUCUCUGUGGAGCUCUGAAACGAAUACAACGUUUACGAAAAUCACUUUCCUCUACCCAUCCUGAGUCCAAUGGGACGAUCACAAAUGGUAAUUCUGAAAUACUCCCAAAGAACAAUAGAGGACGAAUCAGACCCCUCAAACUGAUCAUCAUGUCAGCCACUCUGGAUCCUACAAAAUUUCAGAAUUUCUUCGAAACUGGUCGCAACGCACUAAUGGUCAAAGGAAGAGUGUACGAGGUGGACACCCGUCAUGUUCUUCAACCAGUAGAUGACUUUAUUGAAUCUGCCGCUAGACAAGUUCUACAAGUUCAUUGUACGCCAAAAUGUGAGGGAGAUAUUCUGGUUUUCAUGCCUGGUGCGGAGGAGAUUGAGAAUUGUGUAGAGCUGCUCAGAAGGGUAUCAAAGGAGCUUCCACCUGGACAGAUGAAAAUGCAGAUAUUGCCACUUUACAGUGCUCUUCCUCCAUUAGCUCAAGCUAAAAUCUUCGCUCCGCCAAACAAAGAUGUUAGAAGAGUGAUAGUAGCUACCAACAUCGCUGAAACAUCAAUGACUAUACCCGGCGUGACGGUGGUCAUCGAUACCGGAUACAAAAAAGAGAAAGAAUAUAUAUUUCGGAAUUCAGGUUCUAUCGAACAUCUCAAGAAAAAAGAGAUCAGUAAAGCCGCUGCUUGGCAAAGAACAGGAAGAGCGGGUAGAGAAAGAGCAGGACAAUGUUAUAGGUUAUUCACUCAAGAAGUAUUCUCCAAAUUACCCGAAUUUGAUCAACCGGAAAUACAAAGAUGUAAUUUAGCUUCGGCGGUGUUACAGUUGGUAGCUAUGAAAUUAGAUCCUUUUACUUUUGAGUAUAUUGAUAAUCCUGGUAGAGAACCUAUCACCGCUGCUUUCCAAACUCUCGCAGGAUUAGGAGCUCUCUCAGGACCGAAAACCAUAACUCCUCUAGGUCUUGAGAUGCUCCAUUAUCCACUUGACCCAGAACACUCUCGAAUCCUCCUUGCAUCAAUCUCCUUAGGAUGUACUUCAGAAAUCAUCGACAUACUCUCGCUUCUGGUUUCAGGACCAAUAUGGAUAGACAGGGCGAACGACCGUGAAAUAGCCGCUGGGGCAAGGACGAAGUUUGUUCAUCGGGAUGGAGAUCAUAUAACGUCGUUGAACGUCUUUAGAGCGUAUCUCGCCUUGAAGGAACAAAGACAGAAGAAAGGGAAGCAGGAAACCACCAGUUUACCAAAAUGGUGCAAAGAUAAUUUUGUUAAUGGUAAAACCCUCACUGCUGCUGUCAAAGUUCGUGAUCAGCUGAGAGAAUUGGUAAGGAGAGAAGGACAUGAUCCUGAUGUUACUUGUGGUGGAGAGACGGAAAAGGUAGGAAAGGCGUUGAUAAGGGGUUUGUUCAUGAAUACUGCGGUUAUACAACCUGAUGGGAGUUAUCGUCAAACGGCAGGUAGCUUGCCGGUCAAGAUACAUCCUUCGUCAGUGUUGAUGAGUAAGAAAGUACCUGCGAUAGUGUAUGACGAAUUGACCAUCACAUCUUCCAUUUACGCCCGUAACGUAUCUUGCAUCGACCAAAGUUGGUUACUCGAAAUCCCAUGGUUUCAACAAGCUGGAAAUGUUCGUGCUCCUCCUGAAAAAUCAUCUUUAUAA